CUGGCUCCCACCCCUCCAACAGGAAGACAUCGCAGGUUAUAAAAACAGCCCUCCACUUGUGAGGUUGACACAGUCGGGCCAGAGCUACGGCGCGAGAGCCGGCCAGUGUUGUGCAGGAGCGCUGAAGAGAGCCGGUGAGACCACCACACAGAGAGGGGGCAGCAGGGCCAUGAGCACUUCCACAGCAGAGCUUCACUCCUCCUUUGCGCAGCAGGGAUUCCUGACGGGGGUGCCAGUGCUGAGCGCUGCUGAGCUACAGGCAGCCAGGGAGGCCUUUGGCGAGCUGGAAAGGGAGUUUGGUGAGGAAUACACCCAGUACAGUCUACACAAUGUCCAUCUGAAGUACAACUGGGUUAUGUCCCUGGCCAAACAUCCCAGAAUCCUGGACACCAUCAAGGCACUCCUGGGGCCUGAUGUCAUCUUGCUUGACUCUCGCUUCAUCUGCAAAUACCCUGCCCUGGGCAACAGCACCCCUGGUGGAAAUGAGGGGAAAGACAUCACAAUUUUGACCGAGGAGAAGAGAGAGAACUCUGAUGAGGACUGGAAUAACAAAAGACCCCACACUGAACAGAUGGAAAAAUCAGGUCUGCCCUUUGUUGCCUGGCACCAGGACAUGAGGUACUGGGGUGUGGAUGGAGGACCGGUGCUCUCUGUAUGGCUGGCACUUGAUGACUCUCUGAAGGACAAUGGGGCCCUGCAGGUCAUUCCAGGUAGUCACUGUUCUGGGAUGUUCCCCCAUCGGCAGUCACUCCACCCUGGAAACAUGCUGUCCGUCAAUCAGGAGAUCCCAGAGGAACUGGUACCAACUGAUGAAGCUGUACUAUGCCCCCUGUUGGCAGGGCAGAUGUCAGUGCAUGAUGGGCUUCUGAUUCACGGCAGUGAUCCCAACACAUCAGGAAGAAGGCGCUGUGGGUUUGUGAUGCGUUUCACCCCCACCUGUGCAUAUCCUAUCCAGGAUCCGGAUCGGCCACGACGCUUCAAUGCCACAGUGCUGGUGUGUGGCAGUGACCAGUUCAGGAACUUUCCCAACAACAGCCUCACACUGCAAUAAGCGGAACUGCACCAGUAGCUUCAGAGUUCCUGCUGCUUCCUUGAAAAUGGCUUCAUGUCACUCUGCUAUUAUUAUUAUUUUACCUAUAGGCCUAUAUACUAUGUUUGACAUGAAUUGCAUCAAAAUUGCCUGUCAUAGCUUCGGUUUUCCUGUGUAUGAUACAAUAUUGGUAUGUAAUUUAUGAUUUACUAAUAAAUUAUUCAGUGAUGAACAUCAUCUUAUCUAAUCUACAGUACUGAUUGCAUAUUAUCAUAAUUACAACUCUUCUGUGCAGCUAUUGCAGAAUGAAUGUGUCCUUUGCCGUUGCUAGAAUUCUCCCCACUUGGUUGGAGAGUACACAAGCAGACAAGCAGCCAUAAUGUUUUUUGAUUAGUCCAUGGCACAACUGUGACUCUCACUCCAUGCUGCAUGUGCAUAAAAUCUCACCAUUUAAAUUAGCUGUUGUCAGCAGUGAUCCUAGGGCUGUUUUUCUUGGCUUCUUACUUGCCUGUUGUCUGAUAUUAUAUCAUCUCC